AUAAAAUGCGGACUAACCCUCGGAUGACUCAUCCGGUACAAUGCAGUAUAUUUGUCAAGGAGACUGAAUCAUAUAUGGGGGAAACCACUUCUCAGGCAGCCAGCUGGUUCUCAGGUCAGCAAGAGACGAUCCAUUUUUAUCGGAAGCUUUAUAGUAGCAAUAAUGUUAAUACCCAGCACUUGGUCUCCACAAUGUAGAGGAAAUGGCAUCGCCUGGCAGUGACAGCUAUAUUGUGCGCGUCAAGGCUGUGGUUAUGACCAGAGAUGACUCCAGCGGGGGAUGGUUCCCACAGGAAGGAGGCGGGAUCAGUCGCGUCGGGGUCUGUAAAGUCAUGCACCCCGAAGGCAAUGGACGAAGCGGCUUUCUCAUCCAUGGUGAACGGCAGAAAGACAAACUGGUGGUAUUGGAAUGCUAUGUAAGAAAGGACUUGGUCUACACCAAAGCCAAUCCAACAUUUCAUCACUGGAAAGUCGAUAAUAGGAAGUUUGGACUUACUUUCCAAAGCCCUGCUGAUGCUCGAGCCUUUGACAGGGGAGUGAGGAAAGCAAUCGAAGACCUUAUAGAAGGUUCAACGACAUCCUCUUCCACCAUCCAUAAUGAAGCUGAGCUUGGUGAUGAUGAUGUUUUUACAACAGCAACAGACAGUUCUUCUAAUUCCUCUCAGAAGAGGGAACAACCUACUCGGACAAUCUCCUCUCCCACAUCCUGUGAGCACCGGAGGAUUUAUACCCUGGGCCACUUCCACGACCCGUACCCCACGGACCACUAUCACCUCGAUCAGCCCAUGCCAAGGCCCUACCGCCAGGUGAGCUUCCCGGACGACGACGAGGAGAUCGUGCGCAUCAACCCCAGAGAGAAGAUCUGGAUGACGGGCUACGAGGACUACAGGCACGCGCCGGUCAGGGGCAAGUACCCGGACGCCUCGGAGGACGCGGACUCCUACGUGCGCUUCGCCAAGGGCGAGGUCCCCAAGCACGACUACAACUACCCGUACGUGGACUCCUCAGACUUCGGCCUCGGCGAGGACCCCAAAGGCCGCGGCGGCGGCGUGAUCAAGACGCAGCCCUCCCGGGGCAAGUCCCGGCGGCGGAAGGAGGACGGCGAGCGCUCCCGCUGCGUGUACUGCAGGGACAUGUUCAACCACGAGGAGAACCGCCGGGGCCACUGUCAGGACGCGCCCGACUCCGUGAGAACUUGCAUCCGCCGGGUGAGCUGCAUGUGGUGCGCGGACAGCAUGCUCUACCACUGUAUGUCGGACCCCGAGGGAGACUAUACAGACCCUUGCUCGUGCGAUACUAGCGACGAGAAGUUUUGCCUCCGGUGGAUGGCCCUUAUCGCCUUGUCUUUCCUGGCCCCCUGUAUGUGCUGUUACCUGCCCCUCCGGGCCUGCUACCACUGCGGAGUGAUGUGCAGGUGCUGCGGCGGGAAGCACAAAGCUGCCGCCUGACUCCGCUCCGCCCCCUUCUGCCUCCUCCG